GCGUGAUGUAUGGGAACAAGCGCGUGAAGUCCACCCUUCACCAAAUCGGAACGUUAGCACACGGGAUGGUAGAGGUUGAAUUUGCCGAAGGCUCCUCCGCCGCUGCGAGUCUGGACAUGAAGGGGGAGGGGGUUAUCAUCGAUAUAUAAAAGGACAAAAAUUGAACCACCAAAAUCCAUCGCACUACUAGCGAACACAUUCUUCUAAUCACCUACUACAACCCAUUCUAAACAACCAGUCAAACAUGUCCAAGUCAACCUUAACUCUCUGGCGCGACAUCAGCCCUCUUUCCGAGCCUCUCAACAAGCCAACAGCCCACUCCAAACACAUCCUAGUCGUCGGUGGCGGCGUCAUUGGUCUCACCACGGCCUGGGCUCUUCUCGAUCGCGGCUACCGCGUCUCCAUCGUCUCCAAAGAAUGGGCCUCCUGGGGCAAAUCCCAACGCAUCGCCUCCCAAAUCGCCGGUGCCCUCUGGGAAUACCCACCAGCCGUCUGUGGUCAACACACAGACAAGAUCUCCCUCCAGCACAGUAAGAAAUGGUGUAUGGUCGCUUAUCACAUCUGGAACGCGAUAGCUUCCGAUGAAGAACUUUCGAAGGUGGCUGGUGUGAGAAUGAUGCCUAGCGCGUUUUAUUUCCCCGACCCCGUCAACUCGGACGAUUUCCAGAGGGAGAAGAUGGAGGAGAUUGCGGCUAGUGGUGUUGUUGGGUUCAAUCACGGUGGGAAGGAUCUCAUAGAUAAACGGAGGAUUGAUCCAGCACAUGGGGGGGUGGAUGCAUACGAGAUUAUGGCACCCGUUAUCGACACUGAUACGGCUAUGGCAUGGCUCAUGGCACUCGUCAGAGCCAAGGGCGCGAAGCUGUUCACAGAAACGAUUCGUGAUGAUCUCCUAAAGCAAGAACAACAGCUUCGAGAGAGAUUCCAGGCGGAUGUCAUCGUAAACUGCACGGGUAUCGCUGGAGCUGAGGUCGCAGCUGACAACUCCUGCUAUCCCAUCCGUGGUGGACUUCUUCGUGUCAUCAACGACGGAAAGAAUUUCCCAAAGGUCGAGGCCGCCAUGACCAUCUCUGCUGAUGUAGCAAGCGAGAUUGUCUUCAUUGUCCCGCGAACCGAUAACAUUCUUCUCAUGGGAGGCUUCACUGAGGCUCACCAAUGGAACCUCGAUUUGACUCUCGAUUCACCGGUUAUGCAGCGGAUGAAAGCGCGUUGCGAAGCCUUCCUGCCUGAUUUAAAGAAUGCUCGGCUUGAUCCCGAAUAUCCCAUGGCACAAGGCCUGCGGCCUUUCCGUGGAACCAAUAUCCGUGUAGAAAGAGAAUUAAGGUCCCCGGUAUCGGGAACAACACCAAGCCGCAUUGUACAUUCGUACGGACAUGGUGGCGCAGGGUGGAGUUUGUCAUUUGGAUGUGCAGGUGAUGUUCUGCGACUUGUGGAGGAAGCGUUGAUGGAUUUGAAGCCGAAGGGUACCACUUCAGCUUCAGUACCCGAAAUACAUGCGAGGAUGUAAGUUAGAGUUAAUUAUCAAAUAGUGUAGAAGGCGUACCUCUUUGUACAUUAGCUUCCAUACCAUAAUCUGCAGCACUUUUCAUCUUUUAAUUCACCGAGUGAUGAAAUCGCUGUCGCUGUCAUACUAUGUUCCGCGCCUUGUGGGUAUCGCUACUCAACGAUUUCAAACUAUGAGAGUCUCGCAGCAGUUUGUAAGAACUUCCGCUACGCAGCCUUUGGCCUUGUCAGGCGUCGUCCAACGAUUGAAGCAGGUCGGCGGCCGUUUCGAUUGAAACUUCCAUUGCGCAGGUUUGUC